GGGAUGUGCUUUGUGGUUACCUUCUGUGCACCAAUAUUGGUAAUAUCCCCAGGCUUGGAGAACUUGAUGGUGAAAUCACAUCUACUUUGGUUGUGCAGCAGGGAAGGACAUUAAACUGCAGUGGUGGGCAUGUGAAGCUUGAAGAAGAUGUCGAUCUUGGCUAUGUGGAAGAUGGGACACCUUGUGGUCCCCAAAUGAUGUGCUUAGAACACAGGUGUCUUCCUGUGGCUUCCUUCAACUUUAGUACUUGCUUAAGCAAUAAAGAAGGCACUGUUUGUUCAGGAAAUGGAGUUUGCAGUAAUGAGCUGAAGUGUGUCUGUAACAGACACUGGAUUGGUGCAGACUGCAGCACAUACUUCCCUCACAAUGAUGAUGCAAAGACUGGCAUAACUCUGUCUGGCAAUGGUGUCGCUGGUACCAAUAUCAUAAUAGGCAUAAUCGCUGGCACUGUCUUAGUGCUGGCCCUCAUAUUAGGAAUAACUGCAUGGGGUUAUAAUGUAUGGCCAAAUGAAAAAGAGAGACUAAAGUUUGAACAAAGUAUUUCCAGUGUAAAGUUUCAAAAUUAUCGAGAACAGAGACAGUUACCCCAGGGAGAUUAUGUAAAAAAGCCUGGAGAUGGCGACUCUUUUUAUAGCGACAUUCCUCCUGGAGUCAGCACAAACUCAGCAUCUAGUUCUAAGAAGAGGUCGAAUGGACUUUCUCAUUCUUGGAGUGAAAGGAUCCCGGACACAAAACAUAUUUCAGACAUCUGUGAAAAUGGACGACCUCGAAGCAACUCUUGGCAAGGUAACCUGGGAGGCAACAGAAAGAAAAUCAGAGGCAAACGAUUUAGACCUCGGUCUAAUUCAACUGAGCAUCUCCGCAACUGUACCCAAACCAAUAUUCACUGAUAGUGGGGGGUCCCACCCUCGCUGCAGGCUUUUUCCUCCAGUAACCUGCCAUUGUGGUGUCUUGGUUCCUUUUGAAGGGAAUUUUGAUAACAUUCCUUUCUUCUCAUCACCCGGGGUCCAGCCAUUUCAGAGGGUCACCCUUCCUCUUCCCAGUAUUCACACAGCCUAGAAGCAUCAAGGGAAAAUUCCCGCCGUCCUAGAGCAUGAGACUGCUCACAGUGUGGAACCACCGCCCGGAGGGCUUCAUGGCUGCAAUCUAAGCAUUCUCUCAGACUAAUGGAAUAUGUAUUCCCUUUUAAAUCUUCCUUCUGAGGACAUUUAAAAGGGCACUUAUCAAAACUUGCUCUUUAACGGAAUCAUUGUCACUAAUUGCAACACUAUCUGUUUUAAAUGAUAGCCACACCUUUUUUUUAAGGGGGGAGUGUGGGAUCAGAAAUUACAUUUAAAGUUAUUUCUAAUGAGGUAAACACCAUGCACUUUUUUUUUUUUUAAUUGUUUCUUCACUUAAGAAAGUACAGCAAAACCAAGCUUCCUCAAACCUUUAUCCCACGUCGAGGAAUCAAACACACCCUCAGUAUCCUUCUGGACCUUGCUACCAGGUUUUAAUUAACCAUACUUUUUGGACCUACCUAAACUUUUUUUUUAACUUCUUUCUCACUGCAUUGCUAGCUAUUGUUUUUAGGAUCACCUUUGCCUCUUCAUGCCUUAAUACUUAAAAAAAAAAAAAAAAUCUGAAUAGCAGGUGUUUGUUAACUGCUUGUCCGAAACUUAUGUUAGCUUUUCCAUCAUA